AUGUCAUAUGCAAAUCAGUCUCUGACCAAUGUCACUGCUGAACAGCAGUAUCAGGGGUUACUGGAAAGAUUGUUAUUCUCCACUCUGACUACAGUGCCGUGCUGUGUGUUUCUCUACAUUAAUGGGACCAUGUUAUUCACCUUGAGGAGUAAAACUGUUUUUCGUGAGACUUCUCGUUACAUUCUUCUGUUUAACCUCCUUUUUGCAGACACUGUACUGAUGGCACUGAGCCAAUUACUAUACAUACUGGCUGUUUCUAUACUAAGGCUGACAUAUCCUUUAUGUGGUGUUCUCACCAUGCUCGCUGAUCUCACAAAUGAAAUCUCUCCCCUCACACUGGUGGUGAUGUCUCUGGAGAGAUAUGUAGCUGUGUGCUACCCACUGAGGCACUCUAUCAUCAUCACCAUCAGAAACACAGAAGUGGCUAUCAUUGUGGUUUGGGUCUUCUGUUUACUAAAUACACUCAUACGAGUUAUUUUACUGUUAGAUUUUCCAUUUAAAGAUCUAGAGAGCCUGGAGAUGAAAGAGUUUUGCUCUCACAUAUCCAUGUUUCUUGGCCGGAUGUCUGAUAAUUAUGAUAAAGUGUACACUUGUGUUCUGUUUGUAUCAGCGGGUGUGGCAGUCAUAUCAUCCUAUAUUGGUGUGAUGAUAGCAGCCAGGUCAGCCUCUACAGACAAAGCUUCAGCACAAAAAGCUCGUAACACACUGCUGCUGCAUCUGGGGCAGCUAGCCCUCAGUCUCUCUUCAACCAUUUACAGCCCCAUCCUCAUAGCUCUUUCUAGAAUUGUAACAAGGAUAGUAUUUGUGCGUGCCUAUAAUGUUUUAAAUGUUUGUAUUAUCCUAUUGCCCAGAUGUCUGAGUUCUCUCAUUUAUGGCAUAAGAGAUCAGACAAUCAGACCUGUCCUCAUGAACCAUUUAUGUUGUCGACUGAAACUCUCAGUCAUCUCAGCCAAGGCUAAGGUCUCACCCUAG